AUGAAUACUCUUCUUCCUUAUCCUGCUAAAUUAAGUCUGCGAUAUUUAGGUGGAGGUGCUAGGAAGGCAAUGAUUCAUAUUUCGAUUGGCACUGGCGAAGGUACAGAUGUGGAGUUGAAGAAUUCGCACGAAAUACAAAGUCGGAGUUUAGGGGAUACGGGAAUGGACCAGUUCCUUAAAUACGGGCGGGAAGUAGUUCGUUGGUUUUUAUUGGGGAGUUGUUUUGUGUACUUUGGGAUCUUGGCCUACUCUUUUGGGGAGAACCAAGGUAUUGGGUUAGUUUCAUUGUUAGGACUUUGGGUGGUUUUACUGAUUGGGUUUAUCUUCUGGAAGAAAGCAAUUCAACAGGAGCAGAAGAAAGAGAGCGAGUAUACGAGGUUUUUCCUUUGUGUUGUUUCGGGUAUAGUCUUGGCUUUACCAGCUGUGAUCUCAGGAAAUCUAUGGCUGGUUUAUUUAGUGACGCAUAUGAUUGUAACUAAUGAUGCGCUUUUGUUUAUUGGGGUAAGUCAUUUGAUUUUGUUUGUGAUUAGUUUGGCCUAUACGGGCACAAUGUUUGGGCACUUACUGGGAUUCUUCCCAGUUCUGUUGGCCCUUUUUGCCGUGCUAGAUUAUAUCUGGCCACGAAUAGGUGUUAAUAAAAACCGAGUGGUUGUCUCGCAGAACCGAUUAACCAUUUUCUUUUCGGCCUUAGGUCUACUAGUAACUCUAGUGCUUUUGACUAUGGUCGCAUUGAAACUUGAGUAUGGCAUAGUUAACUACCUACUUGGACCGGCUGAGAAGUCCAAGUUAGGUCUGUAA